AUGGUCAGUGUGAACCUUUUCAGGGCGGCGCGGGCAAAGAUCUUGGUUCCAUCAAUUGCUGCUGUGUUCUUUCAACGACCCCACGUACGUCAAUAUCACGGCGGUCAAAGACCAGGACAAGAGUACAAAUGUGGUGUCAACGCUGAGCCAUUGCACCGCUAUCGACCAGGUGGCUACCAUCCAGUUGUAUUAGGCGAUUCCCUCAGCAAUGGGCGGUACAUGGUCCUUCAUAAGCUUGGCUGGGGCAGCUAUUCGACCACUUGGGCUGCCAAGGACCAGCUGCAUGAUCGCUAUGUCGCACUCAAGAUCUCAGUGGCUGAAGCGAAAAGAAGUAAAGAGAUCGAGAUUUUGCAAAAGCUUGCUGCUUCACCAAGAUUUCACGCUGAGUCGUCUUACGUGAACCAGAUGCUGGACCAUUUCAGUGUGGUUGGCCCUAAUGGCUCACACAAUUGUUUGGUCUUGGAGCUUAUUGGGCCUAAUGUUUCAGAUGUCAUUGAAAACUACUGUGGUGAGGAUAGACUGCCGUCUCGCACUGCAAGGUCGAUCUCGAGGCAGGUGUUGAAAGGUCUCGAUUAUCUUGCUUCCAACGGCAUCAGACAUGGAGGACUGCAUUCACUCAGCGAAAGAGAUUUCAUCGCCAGACUUGGUGAGCUCGAGAUGGGCUUAGUCACGAGGCAAGAUGGCAAGCCCUUGUCAUCGAAUGUACCGACACACAUUGUCCGAUCGUCAUCCUUCAGAAACAAGGACAUCCAAAGUCUACUUUCAUCACCGUCGAUCAAGAUAAUUGACUUUGGCGAAGCCUUCUUCAACUUUGAUGCACCUAAAACACUGGGUACCCCGCCUCCAGUGCGCGCACCAGAGAUUGUGUUCGGAGACCGUCUCGAUAAUCGAAUCUUCGAGCUGGUGACUGGGCAGCCCCCGUUUGACGCUGUGAUGUCAACUCCCCCAAUUUUGGUUCAACAAAUGAUAGAGCUCAUAGAUGAUGAGCUGCCAUCAAGAUGGAAAGUAAAGUGGCGAGAAAUGGAAAGUGAAGCAGUGUAUGAUGAGGAUAAUUGGACAUUGCAAAGUUGGAUGGAAGAGGUUUAUUUCGAUAACGACAAACAUCCAGAGUUCACAAGGGAGGAAAUUAGGGCUAUGGCAAAGUUGAUUGCUCGACUGAUGAAAUUUGAGCCAUCGCUUAGGGCCACACCAACCGACAUUUUAGCUGAGCCUUGGCUUAAAUAA